CCAGAUAUUAGUUGCCGAGUUCCAGGGCAGGCGAACGUGUGUUUCGGGGGAGCCGGCUGGCGUUGCCGGCACCAUGGAGUCCCCUUUUAGUCCGGGACUCCCUCACCGGCCGGAUGAAGAGUGGGAUUCUGCCCUCUUUGCUGAACUUGGCUAUGAUGACCUGCAAUUGGAUGCGGCAAAUGAAACUUAUGAAAAUAAUUUUGAUAAUCUUGAUUUUGAUUUUGAUUUGAUGCCUUGGGAGACAGGCAUUUGGGACAUCAACAAUCAAUUCUGUACAGUUAAAGAUAUUAAGGCAGAACCUCAGCCACUUUCUCCAGCCUCCUCAAGUUGUUCAGUCUCAUCUCCUCAGUCAGUGGACUCUUAUUCUUCGACUCAGCAUGUUCCUGAGGAGUUGGAUUUGUCUUCUACUUCCCAGAUGUCUCCCUUUUCCUUAUAUGGUGAAAGCUUUAAUAGUCCCUCCUCAGCAGAGCCACUGAAGGAAGACAAGCCCAUCAUUAGUCCUAAGAGCAAAACUGAAAAUGGACUGACUCCAAAGAAAAAAAUUCAGAUGAGUUCAAAACCUUCAAUUCAGCCCAAGCCUUUAUUACUUCCAGCAGCACCCAAGACUCAAACAAACCCCAGCGUUCCAGCAAAAACCAUCAUUAUUCAAACACUGCCAACACUUAUGCCAUUGGCGAAGCAGCAGCCAAUUAUCAGUAUACAUCCUGCACCCACUAAAGGUCAGACGGUGGUGCUCUCUCAGCCUACCAUGGUACAACUCCAGGCACCUGGAGUUCUGUCCCCUCCUCAACCAGUCCUUGCUGUCGCUGGGGCAACCACACAGCUACCUAAUCACGUGGUGAACGUGGUACCAGCCCCAGUGGCAAAUAGCCCAGUGAAUGGAAAACUUUCUGUGACUAAACCUGUCCUACAAAGUACCAUGAGAAGUGUGGGUUCAGAUAUUGCUGUGCUAAGGAGGCAGCAACGUAUGAUAAAAAAUCGAGAGUCAGCUUGUCAGUCCCGCAAGAAGAAGAAAGAAUACAUGCUAGGGUUAGAGGCAAGGUUAAAGGCUGCCCUUCUGGAGAAUGAGAAGCUGAAGAAAGAGAACGGAUCCCUGAAGCGGCAGCUGGAUGAAGUUGUAUCAGAGAACCAGAGGCUUAAAGUUCCCAGUCCGAAGCGAAGAGCUAUCUGUGUGAUGAUAGUUUUGGCAUUUGUAAUACUGAACUAUGGACCCAUGAGUAUGUUGGAACGAGAUUCCAGGAGGAUGAAUCCUGGUGUGAACCCUACAAAUCAAAGGAGGCAUCUUCUAGGAUUUUCUGCUAAAGAGGAGCAAGACACAUCAGAUGGUAUCAUCCAGAAAAACAGCUACAGAUAUGACCAUUCUGUUUCAAAUGACAAAGCCCUGAUGGUGCUAACUGAAAAACCACUACUCUAUAUUCCUCCACCUCCCUGUCAGCCCCUGAUUAACACAACAGAAUCUCUCAGGUUAAAUCAUGAACUUCGAGGGUGGGUUCAUAGACACGAAGUGGAAAGGACCAAGUCGAGAAGAACGACAAAUAAUCAACAGAAAACCCGUAUUCUUCAGGGUGCUCUGGAACAGGGCUCAAAUUCUCAGCUAAUGGCUGUCCAAUACACAGAAACCACUAGUAUCAGCAGGAACUCAGGGAGUGAGCUACAGGUAUAUUAUGCUUCACCCAGAAGUUAUCAAGACUUUUUUGAAGCCAUCCACAGAAGGGGAGACACGUUUUAUGUUGUGUCGUUUCGAAGGGAUCACCUGCUGCUACCAGCUACCACCCAUAACAAGACUACAAGACCAAAGAUGUCAAUUGUAUUACCAGCAAUAAACAUAAAUGAGAAUGUGAUCAAUGGGCAGGAUUACGAAGUGAUGAUGCAGAUUGACUGUCAGGUGAUGGACACCAGGAUCCUCCACAUCAAAAGCUCGUCAGUUCCUCCUUACCUCCGAGAUCAGCAGAGGAAUCAAACCAACACCUUCUUUGGUUCCCCUCCAGCAGCCACAGAGGGAGCCCACGUUGUCAGCACCAUCCCUGAGUCACUACAGUAGUACCCAGGGGCUACAAUGGAAAACUAAGGAUGGGACCCUGCCAGACCGGUGAGUGGAUGAGAGAAAUGCUUCUUUCUGCCUUGGUGGCAAGCAGAGAACUGCCUCAUAAUAGAAUUCAGGAGAUAGAAGAGAAAAAAAGAAGCUGCUCUAUUUUUCACCAUCUGCCCAUCGACUCGGAAAGCACUGGAACUCAGACACAAGGGGAGCAGCAUAUCUCCACAGGCACGUGUAGCCCUGCAUCCUCCACUGUUGUCUGGUGUAGAUAAUUUUUUUCUGUACCUUUCUGAAUUGCUUUUCCCUCUGUGUUUGUUUUGUGUUUAAAUAGUCAUAUGCUUUCAAAUAAGAUCCACUUCCCCUCUCUGCCAUUUCACUUAUUGUUAUGGUAGAGACUUUUAUUUAACAGCACCCAUAUGUUUCCACUCAUUAGAUCUUUCAUCAACUUAAUGCAAACCAAUUGUGGAUGUGUGCUUAUUGGAAAGCAAAUGUCAAAGCCAGAAGAGCCAAAAGCAUCCCCAAAAGAGUCAAAACAAUUUGGAGUGUCAGGUAAAGGGGAAAAUCCCCCCGUGGUAAAGUUUAUCUUGCAAUUUUCGGUUCACACCUGAGACUGCAUGUGAACAACUGUAUUGGGGUCGGGGGUGGGUAGCAAAUCUGCGAGAAUGAAAUGGAAGAGAAGGCGGGCUUUGAAAGAGGAGAUAGCUUCAUUAAUACAUAUGUUUAAAACACUGAAAGUUUGAUGUGAUUGCAGUUUAAGAUUAAAGCCACAGCUACCGUUUAUUCUGAGGACCAUGGGCCACUGAGUGUUAGCACACGUACUUAUGUCUUUUCUUUAGUAAUCUGGUUCAGAUCCUCAAGGACCACAGGACAAAUCCUUCAUUUUUAUUGUGAAUCUCCACACACUACACACCUUCUAUUGAUAUGAUACCCAGUUCAGCUAAGGAGCAUGUAGGUGACUUUACAUUUAAACAAACAAGAGCUUUUUCUCUUGAGAAUUGAUAAGUAUUCACUCCUUUAAAACUUUGCAGACAGGCAAGUUAGAUUCCUGCUGGUGGAGUGCAUCCCAUAGUAUGGCAAUCAUUUUCAAUUCUCCAGUGAAAAGGCAGUGAAGGAAUUAACUCUUUUGUCCUCCCAUUAUUAAAAACAAAAACAAAACAGAAAAAUACCUUACUUUGUUCACUUGUACUUUGACUGUCUCCUCUGGGAUUUCUACCUUCAGCUUCUAAAAGUGAGUCUUCUACCCUCUCCUCCUAUGAAACUUCUGAAUUUCUCCAUAGAAUUCAUUCUGCAGACACCGCUUCCUGUCCUAAUUGACUUGCUCUUGUCAGAUUUCUUCCCUUCCAUUCCACACUGUAUCAAUCUCUUCCUCCUUGCAAGAAAAGGAACGAGACAUUAUAUCAACUCCUCAAGGCCUACCUUGAGUGAGUUAGUUUUCUGCCUGUGAAAUUAGGCGUGGCUCCUAGAUAAUUUUGAAGACUCACCAGCACUUCUUUGUGGACAGUGAUGCCUCUGUGCUCAAGCCAGUUAGACGCUUUCAGAGGAAAUCAGUUUAACUCUUGUGAGGGGAAGAAGGGGACUCUGCUGCUCUAUUCCCUGGGAAUCUGGAGUUUGAAAAGUAUCCGUUAGCCACGUAGCAACCACUUUAAGUCAGGGCAGCACUCCUCUCUGAUUUGGCUGCCCCAGGCGGUUUUCAGACAAGAACCAUUUUCCCUGGGGACCACUCUUCCUUCUAAGGGGUGCCAAGGAGUAGAAGGCAGGUGCCUAGAAGACCUUUAGGUCGCAGGGCAGUCUUCUCAUGGAUUGUCUUCUCCUGGCCCUGCUCCUUCCCAUUCUGUCCUGUGAAUUAGCCAGACAAGAGGCUGCUACCAUGGCUGGUAGGCAGUGGCAACAUGGUCAUUCCCAAGCUGCCAGUCUUCUCCUGCAACUGUCGUAGUCAUCACGGUGGAUGCAAAUACCGUGUGUGUGGAGUGAUUGUAGAUGGUGCUUCCGUCCUCUCCUUUGCGCUGAAUCACACAAAAACAAACCAUCACGUGGAUUCCUUGUUUGGGACACUUGCUUUUACUUUAUCCCUCUAUUCCCAGGUUUUCCUGUGUCCAUUUUACCAACUGGUCAGACUGAAGACUUCAUUAUGUCACGUUAACGCCUCUCUUUCAGGUGAAAGUGUGGGUUAAGUGUACCUGUGAAGUGACCACGAAAAGCAGUCUGGGAGCCUUGCCUCCUUCGCUUUUCACUCACUGACCCUUCCACCCCUUGUCAUUACCCGUUCUUGUAUUGAUCCUUUUGAGAUGAGGGAACAGGAUUCUCCUCAGGGUGAAGUUUCAGGAAAUGAGUGAAAGGCAGCUGACAAGUAUUCUACUUUUUAAACUGCUGUCGAGGCUACUGUUAAUCUCUGGGCACAAUGGUAGUUUUUAUUGUCAUGUCUGUACAUUAGCUCAAGGGCCUUUAGGAAAUGGAAAGUUGCUCUGCCUGAUGAAUAAACUGGUCUUUUGGCUUAAUUGUUUUGGUGAGAUGGCCUUUUGGAGAUUGCAGCCAGGAAUUAUGGGGGACGUGUGUGUGUGUGUGUGUGUGUGUGUGUGUGUGUGUGUGUGUGUGUAAUUUUUUAAUUUAUUGAGUUUUUAAGUGGCAUUUUGCAAGCUUGUGAGAAUGUUAGGUAAGCUCAUGGAGGAGGCAAGUCUGCCUAUUAUUAGGUGACUCUGUGCCCUCUGGGCCACCAGUACUACUGUCUUGAGAGGUGAUGGCAGAGACUGCUGGGAAUGGUUUUUCCACUUGGUUGCAAGUUCCAAGUUUUUAAGGCUUAAUGGAAGUGGAUGUGCCCUCAUGCUGUCUACAGAGUCAGACGUCAGGAGCUUCUUCCCCGUGGGGUUAACUCACUCAGCAGAACAGGGACACAGCUCCAUUAGGGCGGCAGUGUAAAAUGCCUCUUUCCAAAGUUAGGGUUUGUGAAAGGAUCAUCUUGAAACAAAUGUAUUGCUUGCCAUUCUUGCAGUUUAGGUUAUUGGGUGGGGGGGUUGUCUUUUCACAAGUGAAAAACCCCCUGUAAUUAUAAAAGCUCAGAGCAUCUUCUAAUUUUUUUUUUUUUUUAAUGACUACAGUCUCCAGAACAAAGCUGGCAUUUCUUUGCCUUUUCUUGUUAGCAGGAAGUAGACAUGGCGGUAUUUGAAGGCAGCCGUGUUAUAUGAGUCAUUCUUGAGUGUUCUGAAUAAACACUACUUAGAAACAGACAAGAAACUUGGGAUUCAAACUAAUUUUUCUAGCAUUUUUAAAAGAGGCACUGUCCUGAUCAAACUUUCCUGGCUCGAAUCUUCCUCCUGGGAAUGAACCCCCAGUAGUCACAGCAGUGACACUCUGAUAAGACGCUGCUGCUGUGGCAUUUGGAGUGACUAAAACUGGAGAACUCUCGAGCUCCUUGCAAUCUUUGUACUAUUUUCUGAUUCUUGCCAUUUCACUAAGCUCAGGUUGUGAAACUUGACAGCAUAUCAGAAAAACUUGUCAUUGUACUAGACUUUCUAACACUUUGAAAAGUUUCAAAGCAGCUUCCACUUUCAACUAUCUGUUAGAAGUAACCACUUUUACUGAAGAGCCAGAGUAAGAGCCCAUGUGCCCCCUCUUCAGUCUGACCACAUGGACGUUUUCCACUGCAUACGGCUGGGCCAACUCAGCUUCCUGCUGCAGAGUCAUAGACCUGAACUUCACAUGAGACCUUGCAUACUAUUGGCUGUUUGUUUUCGUACGAAUUAACCUCUCAAAUAAGAUUGCUUAAUGCCCAAAUUGAUAGACAUUUAUUACCUGCUGUGGAUCUCUCAUUCUUUGCGAAAAUGUGACUUCUGUCAGUCCUGAGUCAUUUUAAUUUACAGAAAUUAGGAUCUUUGCUGCUAAUAGGAAUACUAAUUAUAACUUUUACCUUAAAAACAAGAAUAAAGCUUAAAGAAAGAAAAUGAAAUGUAAGACAUUUUUAUUCUUACCCCGACACUAUUUGGGAUGGAGCAAUUCCUGUUUCCCUAGGGGUUGUGGUUAAUUUGUAAUUUUCUAGGAAACAGUAUUGGACUACCCCAAAAAAAUGUUGCUGGAGUCCAGCUGGAACUAUGCACAUUAAAAAAAAAAAAGUUUGCUCUUACCUGAAAAAAAGAAAUCAGAAUGUAUCCUGUUAACUUAUAUUUUUAAAGACUAAGCUUAAAACAAAGUUUAUUUUGGAUAAGACUAGAACUUUUAGCAGUUUAUUCUAAUAUCUGUGCAUUAAUAUCUAUGUUGAUAUCUGUCAGAUUAUCUGUCAGAAUUUAUAAAAAGAAGGAUGACAAAGGUAUCUUGAUCAGGAAACUUGAUCCUACAUAUGAAUCAUGUCACGGCUAGUCACUGUGAAAUAGUGGACACCGUAUUCAACAUAUUAGUUUGCUGCCUUAGAGACUUUUAGCACAUUAAAAGACUUUAAAUGAUAUUAAGUUGGGGAACCAAGGAUUAAAUAAACCAUAGUUUAUCAUUUGCCAAGGUCAGCAAACAGCACACUGUCCUGCUGCUUGCCCCCAGCGAUGUCAGUGACCAUUAGUUAAUAAGCAAACCAGGAAGUUUGGCAUAUCCCCCGGUAGGAUCAUCCCAGAUAGAGAUUAGCAGGUUGACUUUCACAGUAAAUGUAUAUUGGACCAUUUUAACUCACACUCAGCCCUAAUUUCUAGGUCAGUCAUCUUCAUAAAAGAUGGUGGGAAAAUAAAUAGAAUUUUAGAUGGAAACUGCUGUGCACUACUGGCCUUAGAGAUACUAGUUUCCUGUCAUGUUGCCAAUAUGGUUAGGCUAAGACCAACAGUGCUUCUCCCCUGGAGCCAUUAGAACCUGAGGAGAGAGUGUUAGAGAUGCCAUUUCACCAGGGUUUUCUUUCUAAGGGUUGUAUCCAUGCUCCGUUAAGAAUGGGUUAAAGAUGCAGAGGAAAGAUAUCCCAUUCUCUUCCUUAAUAUUUAUGUUGGUUUACAACACAUAAAGAAACAAUGACAACAGACUAUGUCAUGCUUUUAAGCAAGUCUUUAUAAUGCAAUACUUGUUCCUUGUCUAAAGUUCAAAUAAAGAAUUUUUAAACUUGC